AUGCUUCCCGAGCCGGCGUUGAGCUUCACCAUCCCCAGCCUGCACGACGGCACCGUGCUCGACUGUCGCGUCUACCACCCGGCGUCGCUGGCCGCGGCCAACCCUCGCGCGCCGCCGUGGGAGAGACACGCGGCCGUGGUUGCGCACCCCUACGCGCCCAUGGGCGGGUGCUACGACGAUCCGACGCUGGACAGUGUUGCCGCGGCCCUGCUGCGGACGGGCUAUCUCGUGGCCACCUUUAACUUUAGCAGAGGCGCAGGCCACUCGGCCGGCCGGACGUCGUGGACGGCGCGGCCAGAGCGAGACGACUACGCGAGCGUCGUGGGCUUCACGGUGCACUACGCCCACUUUCUCGACCCCUUCGCCGACGGGGCCCCGAGGCCACAACGUCCCGUCCUCCUGAUGGGCGGCUACUCGUACGGCGCCAUGGUGACGGCGCAGAUGCCGCCGCUGGACCGGCUCCUGGAGCCGUUUGCCCGCCCGCGCGCCGGCUCGCACGCCGCGCAGGUGCGCCUCCGCGCGCAGCACCUCGCCAAGCAGCAGAACCUCGUCCUGGGCAGCGCGCGCUCGGCCAGGCGCCCCGGGGCGGUGCGCGUCGGCGGCGACGAGGGGCGCAAGAGCCGCGACAGCGUCCACGUCGGCCGGAGGAGCUUCUCGCUCGACGACGCCGAGGACCGGCUCCGCAGGGGCGUGCGCCGCAUGGCCAGGCGGUCCGCGAGCUCUCAUCGCGAAGAACCUCUCGCCGAGACGCUGCCCGCCGUCGAGGGCCUGCUGCGCCCGCGCCCGGCGUACCUGCUCGUGUCGCCGCUGCAGGGGGUCGUCACGCACCUGGCGACCAUGGCGCUGCUGCCGUGGCCGCGCGCGGGGCGCCGCCGCGACGACGACGCCGGGGAGAGGAAGCUCAUGGAGAAUGCGACGCUGGCCGUCUUUGGCGACCGCGACGUCUUUGUGCCGGUGGCUAGGCUGCGCGCGUGGGUGGCCAGGCUGGGGGGGCAGGGGUCGCUGUUUGCCGCUCGCGAAGUCGCUUCCGCCGGGCACUUUUGGGGCGAGGACGGCGUGCUGGAUCUGAUGACGGAGAGUGUUGAGGCGUUUGCCGCUGGGUUGAUGCGCGGUGCUUGA